AAUAGCAAUUUGCUAAUUAUUAUAAAAGAAGAGCGAUAUAGAACAGAAUUUCCAGUAUGCUACUGACAUUGAGGCGCAUCACACAACGUUUAUAUCCCAAGCAGAUACACAUUUCGAAAAUGUCUCAAAUCGGUGAAUUGGGUAGCGGUGCCGGUAAAGGUGGCGGCGGUGGUGGUACCAUCCGUGAAGCUGGAGGCAGUUUUGGUAAAAUGGAGGCGGCCCGUGAGGAGGAAUUCUUCUAUAAACAACAAAAGGAACAAUUGAAGAAUUUAAAAACCAAAACAGAAACUGCCAAACCCGAAGAGCAAAAGAAGUGAGAGGAGAGAGAAA